CAGAGUACCAAUUUUCCCACUGUCUCUGGCCUCUUUUUGUACAAACUCUUCAGCAUGGAGAUAAUCACCUGAAGCAUCUCCAACUAAAGUACAUCCUUCGUUUGGCGGAUAACUUUCCAAUGCUCUCAUAUUAGUAAGCAGCUGCCUUCCUUCAUUUUUCACCCUCUCAAAAAAAUCCAUAAACUUCUCCUUCUUAACUAACUUCAAACCAAAUUUUUUAGCAAGUUUUACAAAAACAGGAAAGUGUACUAGAAACUCUGGGCAAUUCACCACUCCAUCUAAUUGAAAAUUGUAUUUGCCACCAAAAAGAGGAGGUUUAUUCACGUCAAACUCCAAGCUUACUUCUAAUACAGCAUUGCCAAAUGAGCCUGUGAUAGAUGAUUUUUUAGCUCUAGCAAUUAUUUCAUUGGAAUCUGGCAUUGUACCAAUAAAAAACCCUCCUGGCAGCAAACAUUCUGAAGCAUUUUUCAUCAUACAUUCAGCUUGUGAUAAACUCUCAAAACUGUAAUGGAAAGCAAACUGGCAGCUGACCAAGUCCAAUUUUAUGGAAGGAUCCUUAUACUUUUCUCUUAGUCUAAUUUUUCCUGCAUCACCUGGAACAAUUUCCAUGGAAAAUAUAUUGCCUCUACGAUCAUUUUGUGAUCUACGUUUCAUGUCUGCAUACCUUUGUUUACAGUGUUCUAAUGAAACUUCAGCAAUGUCGCUACAAAUUAAAUGAGUAAUGUUUCCUAUUUUCCAUUUUUGUAAAUCUCCACCCUUGCCACAACACAUAUCAUGCACCCUUAUUGGAGGAUUAUGUUGCUUUUUGGAGUCUUUGAUUUUUGUUAAGUACUCGUUAAUAAGCAUACUUUUAAUCCAAUUAUGAAAGUUUCUCAUGUGUACUAUGCGGCUUUUCGAUCUCUCAUCUAAACCUUUUUCUUCUAUAAGGUUGUAGUGAGUGGCUACUACCUGAGCAUGACUGCUAUCACUGGCAGUUUCAGCUAGUUUAUUAUUGUGGGGACUACAAGAAUCAUCAUAGUCGGUUUUGAUAUGCUUUCUGACAGGUUUUUCAUCUUUUACAUCUUCAAGUUUCUUUUUAGUUCUUGAAGGCUUACUUACCGGACUAGAUUCGUAAUCAGUAGUAUUUUCGUUGGCUUUAUUAGUAACUUCUUCGGGAUCUUUGGUUGAAUUAUAAUAAGAAAUAUCGGUACUUGCAUUGCUGGUGAGUUGAGGCUCCGGGGAGACGCUUCCGGGACGUUGUUCUUCUUCGUAUUGUCGAGAAUCGGCUGCUGCAGCCGCCAACAUUAGAGUUUGUUCCAAAUCGUCAGCAUUUUCACUCAUUUUUGGGAGGUGAUUUUGAUUUGAUUAGGAAAUACAGGAAAUAUUUAUUAAUUUCAAAUAAAAUUAAUAUGUAAAUAAAAGCGACAAUUGACAAUUGAAAUGACAGAUGUCACGAUUGUCACGAAUACAUAGGGCGUUUUCUUUUAUCCAGCAAUGGAACUAUCCACAAAACGUUCCAUCUGCUGCCAGCAUAAUGAGACAGCCAUUCCGAUUUUCUAUGAACUAGACAAAGAUAGGGCAGGUCAUUGAUGGAUCCACCGCUGAAUAAAAGAAAGCGCCCAUAGCUACUGCCGCAUUCUUCUUUUCUGAAAAAAGAAUAAGAAAUAUCGUAGCUAACUUCCGUUGAGUGACCAGUAAGUGGAGGGAGUGAGUGUUAUGACUUUUCAUUUCAUUCCUUUUCACUAGUUUUCACAUCAUCCACCAAUCAAAUCAGCAGUUAGUUAUUGAUUGUCGAAGAUAUUGGAGUUGAAAAUCGAAAAAAACACACAGAAAAAUGUCCUCAAUUUUGUGCCCAGAAAUUCCUUCUCCUGGCUUUUCUUUCGAAAAUUGCAGGCGAAAUGCUAUGCUCGAAGUCAAGGGCCAUGCGAUGCCCAAAGCCCAGAAAACCGGAACCACCAUUGUGGGCAUUAUUUACAAAGACGGUGUUAUUUUGGGUGCCGAUACCAGAGCUACUGAAGACACUACUGUAGCGGACAAAAACUGCGAGAAAAUUCAUUAUCUAGCCCCAAACAUGUAUUGUUGUGGUGCUGGAACUGCAGCGGACACAGAAAUGACCACUCAAAUGGUUGCUUCUCAACUAGAACUUCACCGUCUCUACACUAACCGUGUCGUACGAGUAGCUACAGCCAAUCAGAUGCUUAAACAAUACUUAUUCCGUUAUCAAGGCUACAUUGGAGCAGCCUUAGUCCUUGGAGGCGUUGACUCAACAGGACCCAAUUUGUAUUGCAUCUACCCUCACGGUUCAACAGAUAAACUCCCUUAUACGACCAUGGGAUCUGGUUCUUUAGCUGCGAUGGCUGUCUUUGAAAGCCGCUGGAAGCCUGAUCUUGAAGAGGCCGAAGGUAUUAAAUUGGUAAGAGAUGCCAUUGCUGCCGGUAUUUUCAAUGAUUUGGGUUCCGGAUCCAACGUUGAUGUUUGUGUUAUCAAGAAAGGCAGCGUGGAUUACAAAAGGACUUAUGAUGAGGCCAAUAUUAAAGGCCAGAAGCAGAAUUCUUAUAAAUAUCCUAGAGGUGUUACUGAUGUAUUGUCCACCAAAGUAGUGGAUAUUGAAGAAGUUUCAGUGAGAGUUAUUGGAGCUCCAGAAGAUAUGGAAAUUGCUUGAAUUUUUUUAUAUUUUUAAUUAAGUUUUCCUAUGUGUUUAUUUAAAGGGUAAUACAUGUUCAAUUUUCCUAGGAAAAUAUUGUUUUUAUUAAUCAUAAAUGU